AUGAUAGUAAGCCGUACAACUGACGCAUCCGUUCUGCAGGACACCGACUUGGCUGGCCCGCUUGUCUUCUGCCUUGCUCUUGGCGCCUUCCUUCUUCUGUCUGGAAAGGUUCACUUCGGCUACAUCUAUGCGAUCGGAGUGAUGGGCUGUCUGGGCAUCUACGCUCUACUGAGUUUGAUGGCGGUGUCGGCUGUCACUCUGGGGACCAUGGUAUCUGUGCUGGGCUACUGUCUGCUGCCAAUGGUCAUCCUCUCGGGCAUCAACGUUGUGUUGUCUCUCCAGGGCCUCACGGGGUUCGUGUUGACUGGCCUGGCUAUUGCCUGGUGCAGCCUGUCAGCUUCCAAGCUGUUCGUUACAGCUCUGUUCAUGGAUCACCAGCAGCCACUGGUGGCCUAUCCAUGCGCCCUGCUCUACGGCGUCUUCGCCCUUAUCACUAUUUUCUAGAUAUUCCAUGGCGUUGGUGGUGAUAUUUA